CUGGGCCGCCUCCGACCCAUUGGGGGCGCGGAGGGAGGGGCUGUGAGCCUCUAGGCUAGCAAGCUUCGGGGGUUGCGGCGGGUCAGCGACAGGCGCACGUUCGGCCCGCGCUUCUGCCGCUUUGCUUGGGAGGGCUCGAACUGGCGCCCCGGAAGACGUGAUUUUCAAAGCUAAUUAUGAAAACAUUUGUCAUUGGAAUCAGUGGUGUGACAAAUGGCGGGAAGACAACACUGGCUAAGAAUUUGCAGAAACACCUCCCAAACUGCAGUGUCAUAUCUCAGGAUGAUUUCUUUAAGCCAGAGUCUGAGAUAGAGACAGAUACAAAUGGAUUUCUGCAGUAUGACGUGCUUGAAGCACUUAACAUGGAAAAAAUGAUGUCCACCAUUUCCUGCUGGAUGGAAAGCCCAAGACACUCACUGGUAUCAACAGACUCUGGAAGCACCGAGGAAAUUCCCAUAUUAAUCAUUGAAGGCUUCCUUCUCUUUAAUUAUAAGCCCCUUGACACUCUGUGGAACCGAAGCUACUUUCUGACGAUUCCUUAUGAAGAAUGUAAGAGAAGGAGGAGACACAAAGAACACCAGUUAAUUGAAAGCUUAAGCCAACAUAUCAGUACAAGGGUCUACAAGCCUCCAGACGUCCCAGGGUACUUUGAUGGCCACGUGUGGCCCAUGUAUCUAAAGCACAAACAAGAAAUGGAGAACAUCACGUGGGAAAUUGUUUACCUAGAUGGAACAAAAUCAGAAAAGGAUCUCUUUUCACAAGUGUAUGAAGAUCUAAUACAAGAACUAGCAAAGCAAAAGUGUUUGCAAGUAACAACAUAAAGAUGGAGUGCACUGAAUCCUUCCUGGGAUGAAUUAGGAAACUCAAAGGAGGAUAUUUAAGAACCUUAGCCAAGAUACAAUAAGUACUUUGGUAUGAUAACAGCUGUUGGUUCGUUUGUGUUAUCACACAUGGUUUCCCCAACAUGUGAACAGUAAAUCGUUAUCCACACCACCGGACAGGAAUUUACCUUAAUGAGUUGUUCCUGCUCCAAGGAGUACAGAGAGCUAGCAUAGCUCACAAUGAGUCAGUUCCUCUGGACCAGUGAUUGUCAAACUUCUCUGAGUGGGACCCAGAGUACGAAAUAAGAUUUACAUCACAAUCCAGUAUAUACGUAACCUAUUGUGCUUGUAUGUGGCUGUGUGUGUAUGUGUACAUAUGUGUCUCUGUGUGUGUGUAUGUGGAUAUAUAUGUGUGUGAUGUGUGUAUAUACACACCUAUCAAGUAUCACAAAGCACUUAACCUUAGAUUCAAUGCACGCUGAUAUUUUUCUAUUUUUAUAAUAUUCAUUACCAUCUAAUACCAGUGCCCAUUUCCUGCAAAUAAAGGCUUUAGUGGUCACAUUGAAUAAAUCAACAAUUUACUAGAGUGUCUUUUUUGUGUGUGGGUUUUGGUUUUUUUUUUAAGAUUUUAUUU